UUGGAUCUCAGCUUCGAUCAGAAUCUCAAAUCUAAUCAACUUUUAAAUCCAGAAUGAAGGUGUUUAUCUGCGUCUUGGCAUCCCUGGCUCUGGCCAAUGCUGGUGGCUCCCGCGGCGGUGCCAGCGGUGGUGCUGGCGGUGGCUAUCUGCCCGGUGGAGGACGCGGUGGUGGCCGUCCGGCCAUUGGAGCUGGUCUAGUGUCCCAUGUUUCCCAGUCACAGGGCAACACUAAGGUCCACAUUGGCGGUGGCGCAUCUGGCGGCGGUGCUGCCUAUGGUGGUGGUGCUGCUGCCUAUGGCGGCGGUGCUGGAGCUGCUCACGGCGGUGGAGCCUCCUAUGGCGGUGGUGCUGGAGCUGCUCACGGCGCUGGUGCCUCAUACGGCGGUGGACGCGGUGCUGGAGGCUGGCAAGGAGCUGGAGCUAGCCGUGGUGGUGCUGGAGGAGCCGGAGGAUGGCAGGGUGGUUCUGCUGGAGGAGCUGGUGGCUGGCAGGGUGGUGCCGGAGGAGCUGGAGGCAACGCCUGGGGCAACCCCGCUGAGUUCGAUUACACUGUCAACCAUGCUUCUAGUGCCGGAGGUGCAGGUGGUGCUGGUGGCGCUCACGGUGGUGCUGGUGGCGCCUACGGUGGUGGCUCCCGCGGCGGUGCUGGCUGGUGGAACGAUUAA